AUGAACCAAAUUCCAGUGUAUGCUAAGUUUAUGAAAGAGAUACUUUCUGGAAAAUGGCAUUUGAGAGAUGAUGAAAAUGUAAUAUUGGUUGAGGAGUGUAGUGAUGUAAUUGAAAGGAAGAUUUCACCUAAACUUACCGACCCUAGUAGGUUCGCUAUCCCAUGUUCUAUUGGACCUGUAAAAGUUGACCAAGAUCUUUAUGAUUUAGGGGAUAGCAUUAAUCUAAUGUCAAUCUUAAUGAUGAAGAGGUUGGGUUAUGGAGAGCCGAAGUCUAAUCAUAUGACUCUCACCUUAGCUGACUGUUAUGUAAUGUAUCCUUAUGGAAUUUUGGGGAUGUGUAAGGCAGCUAGGCCUUACAUAAUUCAGAAAAUUUAUAAUGAUAGAAGUGUUGAAGUGAAGGAUCUUGGUGACUCGAAAGUCUUCAAGGUUAAGAUAAAGGAGCUAAUGGCCUUUCCAACUACUAACAAAGCAUUGGAGAUGAAAAUUCUUAAAGGCACUAGAAGUAACAAUCUAGCGCUGGCGCGUUAUUCUUCCAACGUGGGUGCAUUAAUACCUGGAGUCGGCAUGUUAUAA